CAUGUAGCCUUCAUUAGCUGUGUAUUAGUGCAGUUUGAACCACAUUACAGCAGAGUUUAAAAGUAAAACAAUUAAACAGUAGUUUUUAUAUAUUAUUAUUAGAAUAAUAAUAAUUAUUAUAAUGCCCACGCAGAGUGUGUUGGUCCGAGAUCCGACUUUCUUCACCAGACUACUGCAGCAGUAUUUACAUUUGUUGAAGAAAUAUCCUGUUAUUACCAAAUCUGUUACAAGUGCUGUUCUAUCCGCACUUGGAAACCUGCUUUCUCAAGCUCUAGAAGCCAAGAAAAAGCUGAAAGAAGGUCAGUCCGGGAAAGAGGUGGACGUUAAUGGACCCGUCCGCUUUGCUGUAUACGGGCUUGUCUUCACAGGUCCAUUGAGCCAUUACUUCUACCAGCUGUUAGAGCUGAUGUUCCCAGCCUCGGCGCCCUUCUCCACGUUGAAACGCCUCCUCCUGGAGCGACUCAUCUUCGCACCUGCUUUCCUUCUGCUCUUCUUUGUGGUGAUGAACUCUUUGGAGGGGAAGACCAAUGCAGACCUCCAGGCUAAGCUGAAAGCGAGAUACUGGCCUGCUCUCAAGAUGAACUGGAAAGUAUGGACGCCAUUUCAGUUCAUCAACAUCAACUAUGUGCCUGUGCAGUUCCGGGUGCUGUUUGCCAACCUGAUCGCCUUGUUCUGGAACGCCUACCUCACAUCUGUCCGCAAAUGAUGUCUCAGGGUUUAAUGUUACAGCAGAGCUUUAUAGGUCAGUACUAAUAAAACCAGUGUGCCUUUUUAAAACACACUGUAGUAGAUCAGAUUUGUUUUAAUUUUUAACGUUCCAAAGCUACAUGUCCCAGGGGACACUCGACUGUUACGUUACAUAUCAUGAUGAGAUCUUGAUCAAUAAUGAGACACUGUAACACACAUUCACAAUCACUACGCCAACAUUACUGCAUAUACUGUAGUGAAGCGGAAGAAACCAUGUUAAUUUGUUUUAAUACCGAUUUCUGAUGCACAUAUUUGUCUAGUGGAAAAUUUUGGAUUUCGACAUUGACGAUGAUUUGUGACGCACCGAUGGAACUGUGCCAUUUUUUUUUCAGUCAGCACUGAUUAUAGCAUUGUACAAUGUAAUACUGCACUUUGUAACAAUGUACAGAUGUGUAAUAAUAAAAAAAGGAACAAUUUCUCAUUCAAAA